AUGGGUAUGCCUUCUCAUGUCAAGCAAAGUAUUAAGCAAGCUCAACUGGUACUUGAAUCAUUAAAACAGGAUCAUGAACAAGCCUUAUCUGCCUUAAGUACAUUUUGUAAUUCAGAAAACAGUCAUUCGUCACCAAAUCUUAACACAAGUCUAGAAUGUGAAAAAGUCUUUAAUCAAGAGAAAAUUCCAAUAAUUCAAGCUGCACUAAAACAAAUCGAGAAAGGAUUAGACGACUCAGAGGUUAUGAUCACAUUUGCCAAAUAUAUCGAACAUUUGGAAGCUGAGCUGUUAAAGGUACAGUUGCACAAUCAAAGGUUAACUGAAGAAACUUGUUGGCUUCGAGAUGAGCUAAAGUACACACAAACAAAACUGGAGGAAAACGAAUCGCUGCUUGCUCAAACAGAAGUCGAAAAAAAACAUCUUGAGUUUAUGUUGGAUUUAAAGAAAUAUGACAUAUCUUCCAGCAGUUGUGAUGCUGAAAAAAAGGAUGAUCCGCCGAUGAUGGUUGCGUCUGUUCUCGGCCUAAUGAGUUCUUCAAGCCAUUUGAACACAUCUAAUCAUGUGGAUCGAUUCGAUACACACAACAAAUUUUGGAAACCGACUACAACAACAACUACCACUGUUCCAUCAUUUUCACCAUACAACCACUUAGAAAUGAGCGGAAUAAUGAACACUAGUUUACUUGAUGCGGAUAUGGACUCAUUGUCAGUAAAUCGAAAUCGUAAUCCAAGUGAAUUCCACGGUUUAGGUGGACAUCGGAAUUCCCAGUCAAUUUAUGUUCCCCCUGGGCUUAGAACACUACAUCACAUAGCCUUACGUUAUACAAGUCAGGGAAAGCAUGAUGUUGCAGCAUCUUUAUGUUUACAAGCUAUCCGAGAUUUAGAAGAAUCUGGUGGUCGUGACCAAGCUGAGGUUGCUGCUCUACUGAAUAUCUUAGCUUUGGUUUACCGUGAUCAAGGAAAAUACAAGGACGCAUCUGAUAUUCUCAAAGAAGUAAUAAAUAUACGGGAGAAACUUUUGGGACCUAACCAUGUGCUGGUAGCAGCCGCUUUAAAUAAUUUGGCAGUUUUACAUGCUAAAGCUGGUCAAUUUACUGAAGCGGAACCGUUGUGUCGGCGAGCGCUUAGUAUACGUGAAAAAUUAUUAGGUGCAGAUCAUUUGGAUGUAGCAAAACAGUUGAACAAUUUGGCUUUACUUUGUCAAAGUCAAGGGAAAUUUGAUGAAGUCGAAUCUGCAUUUCGACGAGCCUUAGAUAUAUAUGUCAAACAUCAUAAGCCUUCAUCGCCUAUCAUACGAAAAGCCAAAAGUAAUUUGGCUUCUGCAUUAUUGAAACGUCGAAAUUUAGCAGAUGCGGAAUCUCUAUUAAAAUCAGUUUUAACACCAGAUCAUGGUUAUACUUCAACACAGCAAAAAAGUCAUUUAAUGAAUAAUUUUUUACAAUCAGAAAAUGUUGAACAUGAUUCAGCUAUUUAUUCAUUAUCUUCACUAGGUAGUAGUCAUAUAAGUAGUAUUAGUAGUAAUGGUGGUUAUCGUGGUGUUGGAUCUUUGUUAGAUGGUGGUGUUGUUUUACCAUGUGAUUCAACUGAACAAUCUCUGAUAAUGAAUUCGUCUAGUCGACCAGUUAAUCCAUUAUGGGUAAUAUUAGAACAAAGUAUCAAAGAUAAUAAUCAUCAAAAAUUUUCACUUGUUACAUGGGCUUCGGAAGCCAGAAUCGAACUAUCUGUGGUUCAUAGUGCAGUACGUAAUUUAGCUAUAGUUUAUCAACGUCAAGGUCUACAAUCCCAUGCUAACUUAUUGCUUGAGUGGCUUCAAAUGGCAAUUACUGAUUGUAGACCACGUUUAAAUCAUACGUCUUCAUUGGCCUGUUCGCCGAUAAAAUGCACACAAUCAGUCCAUGGUAUCAACUCACAUGUAUUCAAUAGCUAA